CGUCCUGAUUUGCAUGCUGGGCUGUGCCUCAGCCAAUGGGAGCGUGACUGGCGUGAAUUCCAGCCAAUGAGAAGCCCCCGGAGGCGUGGCCCCGGCCGUCCCACGAGGUGAAGAUGCUGCGGGCGGAACCUGGCCGGGAGAGCGGGAUUCGGGGGCGCUGUAGUCGCCGGGCCGGGCGGGAGGGAAGAUCCGGAGCGGGGAGAGGAUCCGGAGCUGGAGCCCCCAGAGUCUUCCGGCGUGACGGGCGCAGGCGGGACCAGCGGCCUGCUCCAUGUACCCAGAAUCCACCACGGGCUCCCCGGCUCGGCUCUCCCUGCGGCAGACCGGCUCCCCCGGCAUGAUCUACAGUACUCGGUAUGGGAGCCCCAAAAGACAGCUCCAGUUCUACAGGAACCUGGGGAAGUCGGGCCUGCGGGUGUCCUGCCUGGGGCUGGGAACAUGGGUGACCUUCGGAGGCCAGAUCACCGACGAGAUGGCAGAGCAGCUCAUGACCUUGGCCUAUGACAAUGGGAUCAACCUCUUCGACACGGCGGAAGUCUACGCGGCGGGCAAGGCUGAGGUGGUCCUCGGGAACAUCAUCAAGAAGAAGGGAUGGAGACGGUCCAGCCUGGUCAUCACCACCAAGAUCUUCUGGGGAGGAAAGGCGGAGACCGAGCGGGGCCUCUCCCGGAAGCACAUCAUCGAAGGUCUGAAGGCCUCCCUGGAGCGGCUGCAGCUUGAGUACGUGGACGUGGUGUUUGCCAACCGCCCGGACCCCAACACGCCCAUGGAAGAGACCGUGCGUGCCAUGACCCACGUCAUCACCCAGGGCAUGGCCAUGUACUGGGGCACAUCGCGCUGGAGCUCCAUGGAGAUCAUGGAAGCCUACUCCGUGGCCCGGCAGUUCAACCUGAUCCCGCCCAUCUGCGAGCAGGCGGAGUACCACAUGUUCCAGCGCGAGAAGGUGGAGGUGCAGCUGCCCGAGCUCUUCCACAAGAUCGGAGUGGGUGCCAUGACCUGGUCCCCCCUGGCCUGCGGCAUCGUCUCCGGGAAGUACGACAGCGGCAUCCCGCCCUACUCCAGGGCCUCCCUGAAGGGCUACCAGUGGCUGAAGGACAAGAUCCUGAGUGAGGAGGGCCGGCGCCAGCAGGCCAAGCUGAAGGAGCUGCAGGCCAUCGCCGAGCGCCUGGGCUGCACCCUCCCACAGCUGGCCAUAGCCUGGUGUCUGAGGAACGAGGGCGUGAGCUCUGUGCUCCUGGGCGCGUCCAGCGCGGAGCAGCUGAUGGAGAACAUCGGGGCCAUACAGGUCCUCCCCAAGCUGUCGUCCUCCAUCGUCCAUGAGAUCGACAGCAUCUUGGGCAACAAGCCCUACAGCAAGAAGGACUACCGGUCCUAGGCCCCGGCCGCCGGACUCCCCCCCCCUGUUCGCUCGCCAUCCCCGCUUCCGCUCUUUGAAGCCAAGUCCUGAACGUGGUUCGCAUCACAAAGAAAGCCCUGUGAGACGUCCUGGGGAAACCCCGCAGAAGCCGUGCCACACCCGCCCACUGCUCCGCGGCACCCACGUCCUGCCCGGCGCCCCGAUCCUGAGGAGGCCGGUCAGCUGUCCCCCAAGGCUGCACCCCACCCCCCCCCCAGCCUUCCCGGAGCCUCAGGAGCCCAGGCCGGGCUGGACCAGGGGCGGGGCGGCAGGCAGGGCCGGCUCCUCUCUGCCGAGAAUGCCGCUGGCGGUGGGACCCCAGGCCUGGUCCUCCUGCCCCACCCCCACCCCCCAGGGCCCUGGGUGCUGGGCUGGGCCUCCCCAGGGUCUCCUUCUGACCCAGGGCUCGACCUCAGCUACUACCCCACCACCCGCCCCAGGGGCCUCCUG